AGAAAAUAAUCUUUAUAAAUGUAUUCAAAAACAUUAAGAAACAUCUCUAAAAUUAUAUAUAAUUGUACCUAACACUCAAAGGAUUUUGGGCCUGAUGCGGAAGAGUUAUAUCAUCCAUAAAACCCAUUAAAUUUCUUUAAUGGCAGAAGCACUCUUUACGAAAGCUAGCUUUUUAAUAGAGUUAGAAAUUACUACAUAUUGAUUACUGCCUUUGGAGGAUAUGUUACAUAUUUUAGUGCCAAAAAAUUAUACAAUUUCUAAAAUAGAUCAUUUAUUGGAAUUCUUUUCUACUUAGGGAUCUUAGGCAUUACAUUUCGUUCAAUGAGAAAUGUAUAAACACAAUAUUAACGACUCUUGAUAUAAAUUGAUCUGCUACAAUGCGGUAGAAAGGUAUUGAUAUAGUGUCCGAAUAUUUAUGGACUCACCUCAUCCAAAGAAAUUGAUAUUGCAACUAUUUCAAGACCAAAAGAUGUCUACGAAAAAACUGUAUAAAAAAUGGAAUAUGUAUUUCCUAUAAUUAUGGAUAUGUAAUUGUAGUACCUUCAUCGUAACCCUGAUUUUAUUGUGAAUAAAGAACUUUUACCUGCAGUAAUGAAUGCAAAAUAUAUCAAAGUUGAUUGA